UCACAACAACGAUACACCGAUUAUGUGUGGUCUACUGUUUGGGCUGUCAUUGUUCAACAACGCACUUGUACCAUUGCCAGCUUUCCCACAACUACUCUAUGCGAAGCUGCUAGGAAAAGGCCCCGGUGAGGAAAUGGAGGAAAUUCGAGAGCUUGACAAGGACUUCGCAGAUCAAAUGUCGAAACUACUUUCGACAGAGGAAGAGUUAUUGAGUGAGCUGGAGCUAGAGCUAGAACUACGCAAUGGAGACAGAGUCGAGGUCACCAAAGCAAAUGUACACCUGUAUGUGAAGAAGAAGGUACGAGAUUACCUUGCUCCAUUGCAAUUUGACCGUUUCCAACAAGGGUUCGACAAAGUUUGUGACACCAAAGUCUUGGGUAUCUUUAGACCUGUCGAGCUAGAAGCCCUCGUCACUGGCGAGAAAUAUUUCGAUUGGGUCGCCCUCGAGAAGUCUACACGGUACAAAGAUCCCUACACAGACUCACAUUCAACCAUCAAGAUGUUUUGGGAAGUCUUUCACGCUCUAGACGAUGACCAGAAAAGGAAGUUUCUAGUAUUUGUGGCGGGGUCUGAUCGCGUACCGGUCGGUGGAUUGCAGAACCUAGGUCUCACCAUCGCAGAACUCCAGAUCCCCAGGGACGAUGCCGUCGACGACCACGACGACGAGGAGGCUAGCGAAGACAGGUUGUCGAGAUUGUGUCCAGUGGCCCACUGCUGCGAUAACAACGAGUAUAACCGCACACUGGAUCUUCCUAUGUACACGAGUAAAGAGCUCGUCAAGGAUCGCUUGAUGGCCACUUUGUCGUUCUCCAACUGCCCAUUUCAUAUUGCCUAACACGACGAAUACAGAAGGAGGGAGAGAUCAACUGCUUGGGCGAAACCCCUUAACCCAUUCCCUACUGGAAACUGGUAGUUCCUGUUAAGCCAUUUGAAAUUUGGGAGUUCAGCAGUUGACGGGUUAAGGAUCCUUCAUGAUGACGCGGUAAUCCGCUGUUUUUUGGUUCUUUUAAAAACAUGACUUUUGUAUUGGUCCGUAGUUGAAAGUAUAAUGACAUAUGAUUCUGUAGUGUGGUAUAAUAGUGCCAGAAAUAAAGACCAAGGAAAAGUAAAAACCAUUGUCAAACAAGCAGCCUAAAUAAUGAAUAGACCAAUGGAAUUUGAUGAGGUUUGUAGAGACAGAGCAGUAUGUGUACGGCUGUCAAGGUGUCAAGGGAUUUAAGUUACCCCUGAAUGAAAAUUAUGUCAGGUUAAGAAGUGGUAAAAGGUGGCAGUUGAAGAAAUCCCGCUCUUCGAGGUACAUGAAAUCUUGUGUUCCGUACUCUAUCCGUUUGUUGAAUGAAAUGUAAAAUGUAUAUUCUUUUCUAUUUUAUUGUAGGAAAUGAUCACACAUCUAUUUGUAUUCAUGAUAGGACAAUUAUAUUUACUUUCUUAUAAUAGCCAUCUUCAAGUUUCCCAAAUGAAAUGAAAAGGCUGUUUUCUAUUUAUACUCAUAAUGUCAUAAUAUAUUCCUUGUUUAUUCAUAAUUAUUUCAUACUGACUUGAAUAUGUAUUCAUAUUGCAUACAUACUGCACUGAGUGCACUCAUAUUUAGGUUUCAUUUAAAGGGACAAUAAUUGUUGUGGAUCUAUCAGAAUAGGGUAUUGCAUUCCCAUAGAAGAUAUGAACAUUAUUUGUAAUUUUCUAGGAUAUAAUAUACAUGGUUAUUUUCCCACCAUAUAGACAAUAAUCAUAAUAAAUCUUUUUGAUUGUUA